UUGUGUUAUCAAACUCAAUCGAUUUUGAUAAUCCUCUCCAAGAAAUGGGUAGCUCUACUCCUCUGUCAGUGCUCCUCCUUUCAUGCUUUCUCGUACUCGUGCUGUCUCCUGCAUAUGGCGGAGAAGCGAUGCGAAUAGGAGUGAAAGAUGCAGGCUUGUUCGGUUCACUAAAAGACGAGAAAUCAAGAAAGAUGGUUGACGUAAACGACUAUCUACCAACAGGACCUAGUAUUCCUGAAGGACUUCACUACUCAAAUGACGAGAAAUCAAGAAAGAUGGUUGACGUAAACGACUAUCGACCAACAGGACCUAAUAUUCUUGGAGGACCUCACUACUCAAAUGACGAGAAAUCAAGAAAGAUGGUUGACGUAAACGACUAUCGACCAACAGGACCUAAUAUUCUUGGAGGACCUCACUACUCAAAUGACGAGAAAUCAAGAAAGAUGGUUGACGUAAACGACUAUCGACCAACAGGACCUAACAUUCCUGGAGGACCUCACUACUCAAAUGACGAGAAAUCAAGAAAGAUGGUUGACGUAAACGACUAUCGACCAACAGGACCUAACAUUCCUGGAGGACCUCACUACUCAAAUGACGAGAAAUCAAGAAAGAUGGUUGACGUAAACGACUAUCGACCAACAGGACCUAAUAUUCCUGAAGGACCUCACUACUCAAAUGACGAGAAAUCAAGAAAGAUGGUUGACGUAAACGACUAUCUACCAACAGGACCUAGUAUUCCUGAAGGACUUCACUACUCAAAUGUAAACCAUGACGAGAAAUCAAGAAAGAUGGUUGACGUAACAGACUAUCGACGAACAGGACCUAACAUUCCUGGAGGACCUCAUUACUCAAAUGACGAGAAAUCAAGAAAGAUGGUUGACGUAAACGACUAUCGACCAACAGGACCUAAUAUUCUUGGAGGACCUCACUACUCAAAUGACGAGAAAUCAAGAAAGAUGGUUGACGUAAACGACUAUCGACCAACAGGACCUAACAUUCCUGGAGGACCUCACUACUCAAAUGACGAGAAAUCAAGAAAGAUGGUUGACGUAAACGACUAUCGACCAACCGGGCCUAACAUUCCUGGAGGACCUCACUACUCAAAUGACGAGAAAUCAAGAAAGAUGGUUGACGUAAACGACUAUCGACCAACAGGACCUAACAUUCCUGGAGGACCUCACUACUCAAAUGACGAGAAAUCAAGAAAGAUGGUUGACGUAAACGACUAUCGACCAACAGGACCUAACAUUCCUGGAGGACCUCACUACUCAAAUGACGAGAAAUCAAGAAAGAUGGUUGACGUAACAGACUACCGACCACCGGGAGCUAACAUUCCUGGAGGACCUCACUUCUCAAAUGACGAGAAAUCAAGAAAGAUGGUUGACGUAACAGACUACCGACCACCGGGAGCUAACAUUCCUGGAGGACCUCACUUCUCAAAUGACGAGAAAUCAAGAAAGAUGGUUGACGUAACAGACUACCGACCACCGGGAGCUAACAUUCCUGGAGGACCUCACUUCUCAAAUGACGAGAAAUCAAGAAAGAUGGUUGACGUAAACGACUAUCUACCAACAGGACCUAGUAUUCCUGAAGGACUUCACUACUCAAAUGUAAACCAUGACGAGAAAUCAAGAAAGAUGGUUGACGUAACAGACUACCGACCACCAGGAGCUAACAUUCCUGGAGGACCUCACUUCUCAAAUGACGAGAAAUCAAGAAAGAUGGUUGACGUAACAGACUACCGCCCACCAGGAGCUAACAUUCCUGGAGGACCUCACUUCUCAAAUGACGAGAAAUCAAGAAAGAUGGUUGACGUAACAGACUACCGCUGA